AGACCGGAAGCUACCAUUUUAACUCGAAGAACAUUAGCAGCCGUAGGCAUAGUCCAUAAACGGGGACACCUAAAAUUGACACGGGGCGGAAAAUAUUUGACCGAAGAAAAAUAAUGAAAAUACGACAAACACUCAAGAAAGGGCCAAUUUCGGUAAAUUCGAAGAGUUAACGAUUCAAGCAUCGAAACUACCGCUUCAAACAAGGGACAUAUCUGAAUUAGCAGGCCAACCCAGCGGAAAUAGUUUUUGUUAACGAGUCGAAAACAGCCAUCCUGGGCCGAUGGAGAGGCAGGCCUUUGAAAAUAUUUGUCCCUGGAUGAAGAAAAAUGUCUAUCUGACAUAAAUAAGUUAUCACGGCAUUCCCCGCGCCAUUUUUAUCCUAUGUUUUUUUUCUUUUACCAUUUUGACAGGCGAUUUUAAUGAGUAAUUAUAAGGUUAGCUUGCUUAAAAAAGACAGCUAUCAAGCUAUCUGUUAGCUUGGUAGCUAGGUUAGCUUAGCAUCGGCUACAUAUGCAACCAGGUUUUCAAACGACAUUUUAAUUUAUUAGCUAACAACGACAUGAUUGAAAGACUCCUUUAUUCAGAUCCAAUUUCAUUUUUAUUGUUGCAUUGGUUGACAACUUUACUCAACCACCUAUAAAAACAAGGUAAUGUUAGCCUGCUAACGUUAGUUAGCUAAUGACGAAUGCCGCGCUACUAAUUUUGGAAUUUUGCCACCACCUGCAAUUUUGGUGGGUUUUCAAGUUAGUCUAGCUAACUUAGCUACCCACCAGAAGAUCAAUGGAAGCAGACCCAUUCGUUUCUACCUGUAAACACGUUUUGGUCUUCAAUCAAGCAGAAAGUGCUACACCAGUCUCCAGCCCGUAUACAUCCCACCAAACCUGUUGUCUUCAAGAGUGUGGCAUCAACGGGCAGACAAAGAAGUGGAACACCUGUUCAUCCUUCCUCGCCCCAGCUGGAUGCGGACAGCUUCACAUUUUUGGUGAAAAACAAAGACUACCACUAUACAAGAAGGAAUCUACAAACACUACAUAGACUGCAUACUAUUUAUACAUUGUAUUUCAAAUUAGGAACAACAUUUAUUUAAAAGGACCUUUACCUGCUCUUCUUGGUUUAAAGUGCAAGCACUAGGUAUUCAUCUGUAUGAGAGGGGAUAAGGGAUAGACAUUGGUAGCAGCGGGAGUCAUUCUAGAGAAAGUUGUUCAAGAAGCAUUACUUUCAGUAGCUGUGGCUAUAGAUUGUUAUUGGUGCGAUAUUGUUGUACUUCAACAGUAGGGCGAGUGACCCAGGAAAAACCUCCCAUCAGUGAGUGGGAGAUGUUCCAGUUCAGUAAGUACCCCUUGGACAUUCUAGAUAUGCUAAGUGGACACCAAGCCCACCAGUUUAAAGGCCUUGGAUUGGAAAGACAGUUGCAGCACCAACAGCAAGUCCAACUUCAGCACCAGCAACAGCUGCAGCAGCAACACCAACAGCAGGGGGAGUCGUCAGGGGCUCUUCUCUCUGGGCUCGGUCUGGGGUCUCUUCAGGGGUCUAGAAGUAAUGCUUUUGCUGAUUCUUCAUCGAUAUUUGCCAAAAUGAGUGCCCCACCUCCACCAAUAUCACACCAGAGCCAGUCCUCAUCCUCGCAUAGUUCACGGAAAUCCAGUAAGAUGAGCAGUAGUGGGAGUGGGAGCUCUGCUGCGGGAUACCCACAAUUCUUACGUCCGUUUCACCCUGCAGAAGCAGCACUAGCCCAAGAGCAGCUGCACUCGGGAAUGGGACGUUUUGACUUUGGUGGUAGUAGCAGUGGAGGGUCUGGUGUUAUUGGAGGAGUGGUUACAUCUGCUCCCCCACCGCCACUACACCCUGGCCUCUCUGUUCCCCAAGCCUCACCUGGACCAUCCUCCUCACCCUCCCCGUCAUCUUCAUCGUCCACCAGUAACAACCCUGGCAGUGCAGUGUCCUCCCUAGGGCAACCACUCGUUGGCAGUCUGAUCCACGUAGCUUACAUCAGCAGUUCAGUUGCAUGCUUGCCGCCAAUCAGUACUUUCUUCUCUGGGGUCCCGACUAACAGCAGUCUGGAGCAGUUUCUGGUUCAACAAGGGGGUCAUAACCAUCUUGGCCUGGGUUUGGGCCAAGGAGCUAGUGACUCAAACUCAGCCCUCGCCCCACCUCCAGCUCUUCACUCCUCUCACAGUCAUAGUCACUCACUCCCCAACCUCAACAGCAGCAGCAACCAUUAGCACCCCAUGCUUUAUCUCACCCUCACAGCCAUACCCACCCACACCAUCCUCUUCACCCAACACCUCAGCCGUCGUUCUGGGUGGCUUUGAUUUCCAAGGU